GCAUUUAAAUUCGUUUAACAUUUGUUUAAUCAUUCUUUAAAGAAUUUCUAUUUAAAUAAAAAGAAUUUGAUAAACAUUCAAUAAUCAAAAACAAGUUUGGCAUUGAUAAUUUCGAAAAUGAGUGUAAAUACAGCUCACGCUAAUGGUGGUGUUCUGAUUCAUGCAGGAGAAACAAUUCUUUUAUUCAGUGACAAUACGACAAUAGAAUUUUCGGGUCAAGAUGGACCAAUGUUUAAAGGAACGAAACAUGGAAGAAUUUAUUUGACAACUCAUCGCAUAAUUUUUAAUAGUAAAAAUGCUAAAGAUUCCAUGCAAUCUUUUAGUUCACCUUUCAUAUCGAUGAGUGACGUGGAACUUGAACAACCAAUUUUUGGAGCUAAUUAUAUCAAGGGUAAAAUUCGUGCUCAACCGAAUGGCAACUGGUCAGGGGAAGUUAAAUUCAAGUUAUCAUUCCAAUCUGGUGGUUGCAUCGAUUUUGGGCAAGCAUUGCUGAGAGCUGCAUCUAUGGCACAGAGAAAUGGAGGAGGAAUGUCUCCACCGCCUUAUACUCCACCGACAAGUGGAUGGUAUGCUGCACCUCCUCCCUCGUACACUCCUUCAGCAGGAAGCUAUGGAUGGUUACCCCAAAAUUCAGGUUUUGGUUCAGCGCCAGCAAAUGGAGUAUUCAUGCACGAUAAUCCUCCACCGUAUCCAGGAAUAAAUUCGAAUUAUAAUGUAACACCAGGACCGUCAUAUCCAACGCUGCCUCCUGCAUCUUCUGCAUUCCAAAAUACUCCUUCUGCACCAAUGACGAAGGAUCAAGAAGCUGCUGCGUCAGCUUAUUUCGACCCUCGCGCACCCAACUCUGCUUUUGUACAACAACCACAAUUUUAUGAAAAUCCUCCAGCUUAUUCUGAACUUGAUCAAAUGAAGAAAAAAGAUUAAAUAUUUUAUAGUCGAUCGUUAAAUAUGGAUUGACAAUGAAAAUUACACAUAAAUGGUUAAAUUUUGUAUGAAAAUUGUGCAUAUUUAUUCACUUAUAUCUAUAUUAUUUUGCAAAAUAAACUUAUUCUAUUAUAAAUAUUUUUUUUCUUUUGUCAUAUUAAAUUGUUUGUCGAGACAAGUGCUUUGAAUAAUAUAAUAAAUAUUAACUUGUAUAAGCUUGUCGUAAUCUUGGGUUAUCCCACGUAAUUGUUUGAUAUCCAACUUUUUUAUCAUUGUAGCAAUAUGCCAGAACACACUUUUUGUUGACAGAUACUGAUAACCGCGCAAAGCUUAUAAAGGAAUCUGUAUUACGUUCUUCAGAAUAAUCUACACAUUUAACAAGAUGAGAAGCAUGAAAAAUCUUAGGAUCGCCUGGAUAUGCUAAGAAAUCGGCUCCAAAGGAGUCUCCGUCACUGACAUAUAAUCCUCUUCUAUUUAGAUCGUUAAAAGUACAAUUUGUUUUAGAAUUUUCUGUUUUUAUUAUGGCUAUUUGUGUUAAACAUUCUUCGAAAGGAUGCUUAGUUGGAACAUGAUCGUAAAUAUUUUUUAUAUUUAUGGACUGCGAAAUUUUCACAGUUUGUUCUAAUAGGAUUUGUUCCAAAGAAAUGUUCACACCUAAUUCUGUAACUCCAGAAAUAUUAAACUUCUUCACUUUUCCUUUGACAAUACUAUUGAUGUUAUUUUUAGUUUGAGACAAUCGUUUUUUUAUGUAUGGCCUUUUAAACUGCUCUAAAAGUUUUCCACAAUAAACACUGAAAUCGCGUUUAAUAUUUUCAUUUGGUUGUAAUUUCAAGCUGCUUGCGUCUGCAACAAUGACAUUAUUUUCCCUUAAAAGCACAUUUAACUCGUAAUUAUUAAAACACGCUGGUAGAGCAUUCAAUGAAGAAUGUCUGGUUUGACAUAUUGGAAUGCCGAUUAAUUUUCCUAAUAGGUGAUGUUGUGAUCUUAUUUUAAAAUAUUCAUCUUUGUCAAAGAUUAAUAUUUUUCCAUUCAUGAAAACCAUUUUUAUC